AUGCCAUGUGUGCCGCGGAGCCGGGCGGCACGCGUGCUCUCCCUCUGGCUCCUCGUCCUCCACACCCAAGCGCCCUGCCUGGGCAGGGCCCCGCCGGCCGGCAGCUCCCCGUUCCCCGACGGCGGGCAAGGUCAGUGGCGGCGGGCGGGCGGGACGGGGCGCGGCGGGGAGCGGGUUCCGCCGAGGGUGCGCUGCCAGCCGGAGCAGCGCGGCUCCGGGGCGCUGCUCGGGCGGGAGGGGCGGCCAGCCGGGCUGUGUCGGGCCCCGGAGCUGCCCGGGCGCCCUCCCAGCGCUGCCCUCAGCGCUGCCGGGACGCGCGGCUCCGCGCCCGGGGCACAGCGCUCUGGCCGCGCCUUCCUGCGGCAGUCAUCGAAGCAAUUUUUGAAGACAGUGCCAGAAUACCAUGUGGUUCAUCCGGCAAGAGUAGAUGCAAGUGGGCAUUUUCUUUCUUUUGAUCUACACCAUCACAUCUCAAGUCUGAGGAAGAAGAGACAUCUCGGAAAAAGUGAAAAUGUGGUAUAUUACAAAAUCAAUCACAAGGAGAAAGAUCUAUUUUUUAACUUGACUAUCCACAUGGGAUUUCUUUCCCAUAACUACAUAGUAGAAAGGAGACGUGGCAACCACACCAGAGCAAAGAUUUCAGCUCACUCAGGAGUUCCUUGCCACUUCCUUGGCACAGCAUGGCAGCCUGGCUCCGGCAGUGGGACAGCAGCGAUCAGCACUUGCAGUGGCCUGACUGGAUAUUUCCAUCUGCCCCAUGGGGAUUACUUCAUUGAGCCCAUUAAAAAGCAUCCACAGAAGGAGGGAACACCCCAUCCCCAUAUUAUCUAUGGUGCAAAUAACCUUCAAAAUGCUUUAAGGAGAAGACGGGCCAUCCCGAUGGAAAAGGAGCGAACAUGUGGACUGAAUGAUACCCACAGCUUUUUCAAGCAGCAGCAGCAUCGAAGGGAGAGAUGGGAACAAAAUCACGCAGCUGCCAGGAGGGUUUCCCGGCGCUCUGUCAGCAAGGAGCGAUGGGUGGAGACGCUUGUGGUGGCAGACAGUAAAAUGGUUGAAUAUCAUGGAAGUGACCAUGUGGAGUCAUAUAUCCUCACUAUAAUGAAUAUGGUCACAGGGUUGUUCCACGAUCCAAGCAUUGGCAAUGCAAUUCACAUUGUGCUGGUCCGGCUCAUCCUCUUUGAGGAGGUGGAGCAAGGCUUGAAGAUAGUGCACCAUGCUGAUAAGACAUUAGCCAGCUUCUGCAAGUGGCAGAAGAGUGUCAAUCCCAAGAGUGAUGUCAAUCCCACACACCAUGAUGUGGCUGUCCUUCUUACCAGAAAGGACAUUUGUGCUGGCAUGAACCGUCCCUGUGAAACCUUAGGCUUGUCUCACCUCUCAGGCAUGUGUCAGCCUCACAGGAGCUGCAACAUCAACGAGGACUCUGGCCUCCCCUUGGCUUUCACUAUUGCUCAUGAACUUGGACACAGUUUUGGAAUCCAGCACGAUGGAAAGGAGAAUGACUGUGAGCCUGCUGGAAAGCGCCCGUAUAUCAUGUCCCGACAGUUGCAGUAUGAUCCUACUCCCCUCACCUGGUCCCAGUGCAGCAAGGAGUACAUCACACGGUUCCUAGAUCGUGGGUGGGGAUUCUGUCUGGAUGACAUCCCCCAAAAAGAAGUUCUGAAGUCCCCAAUCAUUGCUCCUGGAGUGAUUUAUGAUGUGCACCACCAAUGCCAGCUUCAGUAUGGUUCCAAUGCUACAUUCUGUGAAGAUGUGGAUAACCUUUGCCAGACCCUCUGGUGCUCCGUGAAAGGCUCCUGCCGCUCCAAACUGGAUGCAGCUGCAGACGGCACUCGGUGUGGAGAAAACAAGUGGUGCUUCUCUGGUGAGUGCAUUACAGUGGGGAAGACUCCCGAAGCAAUCCAUGGCGAGUGGGGCGUUUGGUCAUCCUGGUCCCAUUGCACAAGGACAUGUGGGGCAGGAGUUCAAAGUGCAGAGAGGCUGUGUGAUAGUCCAGAACCCCAGUUUGGAGGAGACUACUGCACCGGAGAGAGGAAACGCUAUCGCAUGUGUAACAUCAGCCCCUGCCACAAAGACUUGCCAACCUUCCGUCAGAUGCAGUGCAGUGAAUUUGAUACAGUUCCCUACCAGAACGAAUUCUACCACUGGGUUCCCGUUUAUAACACAGCAAACCCCUGUGAGCUCCACUGCCGCCCAGUAGAUGGCCAUUUUUCAGAGAAGAUGCUUGAUGCAGUCACUGAUGGCACUCCUUGCUUUGAAGGAAGGCACAGCCGAGAUAUCUGUAUUAAUGGCAUGUGUAAGGCUGUUGGCUGUGAUUAUGAGAUAAAUUCCAACGCAACAGAAGACCAGUGUGGAGUUUGCCUGGGAGAUGGCUCUGCUUGUCAUACAGUGAAGAUGAUGUUUAAUCAAAGUGAAGGAUUUGGAUAUGUUGACGUUGGGCUCAUUCCAAAAGGUGCAAGGGGAAUCAAAGUCAUGGAAGUUACAGAAUCGGGAAAUUUCCUUGCUAUGCGAAGCAAAGACCCAGAAAAAUACUUCCUGAAUGGAGGCUUUAUCAUCCAGUGGAAUGGUGAAUACAAAGUGGCAGGCACAAUAUUUCAGUAUGACAGAACAGGGGAUCUAGAAAAUCUGACUGCUCCAGGACCCACUAAUGAGUCAAUAUGGAUUCAGCUGCUUUUUCAAGAAACUAACCCUGGAAUCGAGUAUGAAUACACUGUACGUAAAGAAGAAAGUAAUGAGAAUGAGAUUGGAGAGCCAGAGUAUUUUUGGCAAUAUGGAGAGUGGACAGCCUGCAGUGUUACCUGUGGAAGAGGGCUGCGGCGGCAGAUCGCCCACUGCGUGCGGAGGGGAAGCGGAGCCGUCAAGAAUUCCUUCUGUGACCCAGCAACGCAGCCGAACGGGCGGCAGAAGAAGUGCCACGAGCAGGACUGCCCGCCCAGGUGGUGGGCAGGGGAGUGGCAGAAAUGUUCGACCACAUGUGGCCCAACAGGCCAGAAGAAGAGAACUGUACUUUGCAUCCAGACAGUGGGAUCUGAUGAGCAAGCACUGGACAUCACAGAGUGCCAGCACCUGCUUAAACCAAAGACCCAUCUGUCAUGCAACAGAGAUAUCUUGUGCCCAUCUGACUGGACAGUGAGCAACUGGACUGAGUGCACAGUCACUUGUGGUGGUGGAAUAAGGACUCGUAAUGUCACUUGUGCCAAAAAUAAUGAUGAGCCAUGUGAUAGUUCCAAGAGACCAAACUCUAAGGCCCUGUGUGGUCUUCAGCAAUGCCCUUCUGCUGGAAGAUUUCUGGUUCUCCCACAGGCACCCAGAAGAGGCAAGAUCAUAAUCAGAAAAACAAAUGCCAAUCCUGAACGGAGUCUUCCUCGCAGAAUGCCCAGACCAAGCCCCAGGUUCCAUACAACAACAAAAAUACCCAAGCAUGAAAGUGUAACUCCCAGUUUGCCUACAUCCUCUGGUUUGGUCAAUGUCUCAGGAAAAGAGGGAGCAGCCAACAGGACAUUACAAAGUAAUUUUGCUGAAUCAAGUGAUGUUUACAAUUACCCAGUUGUUUCUACUGAAAAUAGCUCCUAUCAAAAUAGUACUUCAAGGCCUUUUCAUAACAGCUUAAGUACUGAAAUUUUAAGGCAUGCUGAAAACACUUCUAAAAGUGAGCCAGUUUCUACUACAGAGAGGGAGAUGCAAAGAAGUGAGGACACUCCUGUUUCCUCUUUUACCAGUAACCCAGAAAUAACUUCCAGCUAUGAUUACUUAACUGAGGACUCUGACAACACUGAUGGGCCACUUGGAGUCAGCAAGAAAGCAGAUGAUGUCUUUUACAGCACAGAACUCAAUCCUGAAAUCAGGACCAGAAGCACAACCUCGGACACUGCCUCUCCUGUCACUCAGAAGGAGAGUGUGACUUCUCAGACCCCACCAGCAUCUCAUCACCGAGACCUUUCUGGGCUCAAUCCUGUUAGCAGAGCAGCACAAGGGCUGGCAUUUCCAACAGCAGCAAACUAUGUCAGUCUGCAAGUUGACGUACCUCUUGUAGAGGUAACAACCCCACAAGCACUGGUUACAGAAACGCCCACAGAGCUUGGUAGUGCCCCAAGGGACCAGACUGACAGCAGAGAAGAAAUAAAGCUGCCUGACACCGUAACCACUAGCACACAAUCCUCACCUCCCAAGCAUGCUCUGAACAGCCAAAGUGCAGCAUCUGAAGAUGUUUUAAUGAAUGUCACAGACAACAGCCACGUAAUAAUAUCCAACAGUUUGCCCAGUGAUGCCUACUGGAUAGUAGGCAACUGGAGUGAAUGCUCUACGACCUGUGGAAUGGGGGCUUUCUGGAGACAUGUGGAGUGCAGCAGCAGGAACACAUCUCACUGUCAGGACAAGAAAAAGCCUGAUCCUGCAAGGAGAUGUUAUCUCCGCCCAUGUGCUAGCUGGAAAACAGGAAAUUGGAGCAAGUGCUCUGUGAACUGCAGCGGAGGCUUCAAGACCCGAGACGUUCACUGCAUUGAUGUUGGGGAAAAGCGGCUGCUCAGGCCUUUCCACUGCCAGUUACUCAGCUAUAAACCACAGCUCAACACUAGCUGUAACACAGAACCGUGCUUGCAAUGGCACGUGGAGCCCUGGAGUGAGUGUGCUGUUUCUUGUGGAAGGGGCAUUCAGCAGAGAACUGUGAAAUGCAUGAAUACAGAAACUAAUGAAACUGAAGAUGACAGUAUGUGUGUGGAUAAAGCCAAGCCCACAAAAUAUCAGAAAUGCCAUCUGCAAGAGUGCAGGAAAAAUACAGGGCUGCCCUGCAGCAGAGACCAGCUGUCAGUUCACUUCUGCCAGAGGCUGAAAGGCAUUGGCAAGUGCUUGCUGCCAUCAAUACAGACUCAGUGCUGCUUCACGUGUAGUCAGCCCCGAAACCGGAACAAAGCAAGACAUGGGGAUCAGCGAGGCUUCAAACAACAAAAUUACACUAAAUCUAGAAGAAAACCACCUCCAAACUAA